GAGUUGGAGCUGGAGCCUGGAGGUGGAGGUGACGAUGUAAACACGGUAAAGACUAAGUCAAAAGUAGCAAAUCACACGAAUGUAGAUUUUUGGGAAUGAGCUGUUAUUUUGUGAUUAUUGUUGCAGCAAAUAGCUGCUGAAGCUCUCAGCUCAGUGCAGGCACUGGACUAGGACGCGGUUGUUUUCCAUGCACUUCACUCUCUCUUCUCUCUCUUCAGUCUUUACUGACGCUCUGGAGAUACUACAGUGGCGCAUUCUCGUCACACUUCUCAGCCAAAACGAGAGCAGAACAAACACGGAAGGUACGAAAUAAUUAAUUUUGCUUUGUAUCAGCAGACUCAUCACUCGCUGUAGUGGGAGCUGUGCUCCGCCAGCAGCUACUGGGGCGAGGAAAGCGUCCUUUCGACUCCGGCAUCUCAUUCUGUCGUGUGCUAGUGUUGUAUCGUACGUGAAUAGCAGAAAGUGGAUUAGCUGAUUUCGUCACCUGUUCAAGUCCGCGUCCUCUCAGCACUGCGGAUAUGCUUAAGCGCUAGCGCCUGCGUGCGUGCGUCUGUGUGUUUGUAUACAUGAAAAAGACCUGGAGUCGACGGUGAACGUGCUCAGCUUAGCUAACGGAGCACCAGCUCGCUAGCUAACGUCCCAUGAAACAGCACACGGUUUCACCAUAUCGUCAACAGUGUCACCACAUCGUCGAAAUACUACUCGACCAGAAAGGAUUUGCAGGAGAUUUCUAGCUCGCUGAACGCUGCUUGCACGAACGGUAAUCAACAGUGGCUCCAACAAACCCCAGUUGAUUGUCAGAGCAUAUAUACACACACACGCUCACACACAAACACAGUGACGUAGGCACGUGUUGUGUAGCUGUCGAAAUGGCUAGCAAUUCGCAUACACCCGUUGGGCAAUUGCAGUCGCGCCGGUCCUUUUCCAGCACAGGACGCCGGUAUCAACGUCGAAGUGACUGCAACUCCACCUCCACAACCCGCAGCGGUGAUGGGUCGCUAACAAACACGCCAACGUCAACAGGACCUGGUAUUCUGGGAGUGGCUGGCAAGAAUGGAAAGGCGGACGUUGCGGAGCCAUCGACAGAACCACAUGAAGCAGUCAAAGUCAUUCUACUAGGAGAUAGUUCUGUAGGGAAGACGUGUUUGAUGGUGAGAUUCAACGAUGGUGCUUUUCAUGCCGGUAAUUUCAUCAGCACAGUUGGAAUUGACUUUCGGACGAAAGUGAUGACGUUGGAUGGAACUCCACUUCAUCUACAGAUUUGGGACACGGCUGGACAGGAGAGAUUUCGCAGUAUCACUGCAUCAUACUACCAUGACGCCGAUGCAAUCCUACUUGUCUAUGACAUGACUAGUUGGUCUUCGUUUGAACAUUUGAACGGCUGGCUGUCGACAGUUAGAGACAUGGCCCCGAAAGACGUCAGCUUGCUAUUGGUCGCUAAUAAGAGUGAUCUAAGCUCCUCAAAGAGAGUGAAUGAUCAGGCCGCAGCAGAGCUAGCACAGGAACAUAAGGUUUGCUUCCUGGAGGUGAGCGCCAAGACUGGGGACAACGUUUCCUUGGCUUUUGAGGCGGUGGCUAGAUCGGUGCUUGCAAACCGCGCGCUGAAAGCUAAGGACGACGCAGGCAAAGGAAAGGCGUUUGACUUGGGCAAGUACGUCGAGGAAAACAGUACAAAGUCGGAGUGCUCUUGCUGAGCAGAACACACACACACACACACAGCCGUUGAUACUCCGUCUCUCUCUCUCUCUCUCUCUCUCUCUCUCUCUCUCUCUCUCAAUGAGUGUCGUUGCUUGCAAGUGGCCAAUAAGGACAUGUAUCCCAGAUGGUACUGUGCAUUUGCAGCACUGUCAGCACUGUUAACAGCAGGUAGACACUGUGAGCAGCUGCCUUUAAAUUUUCCAACUAUCAAUGUGUUGAAUUCUUGCAACCACAUUCCGGAAUAUGGAUUUGCGCUAUUUCUGCGAUAUUUCAGCCAUUUUCCUCCAUCGAACCUUCCGUCAUGAUGGUUCCCAUAGAGAUUCUUCAUUUAUAGUUUUUUAUGAUCUGAUUCUUUUGUUGAUUUCUAUUCUUGUGGUGUAUUUACAUGCACGCUAGGUCAACUUUUAGAAUCACAUUUUUACAAAUACAAUUUUGAGAAAUCGUGCACAUAUGUACUGGCAUUUGUUAGCGCCUCUCUCUCUCUCUCUCUCUCUCUCUCUCUCUCUCUCUCUCUCUCUCUCUCUCUCUCUCUCUCUCUCUCUCUCUCUCUCUCUCUCUCUCUCUCUCUCUCUCUCUCUCUCUCUCUCUCUCUCUCUCUCUCUCUCUCUCUCUCUCUCUCUCUCUCUCUCUCUCUCUCUCUCUCUCUCUCUCUCUCUCUCUCUCUCUCUCUCUCUCUCUCUCUCUCUCUCUCUCUCUCUCUCUCUCUCUGUCUGUCUGUUUGUCUGUCUGUCUGUCUGUCUGUCUCUGUCUCACUCACUCACUCAUACUGAAGCACACACUCUCUUGUCUCUGCCCUCCCUCUAAAACCUUUGCUUUACCACCUGAAUGUCUUCCUCACCUUUAUUUCUCGCCUUGAUAUACAUAUUGUUAGUUUCUUACUCAUCAGGAUAACCCCAUCCCCCCCCCCUUUUUUUCCUCCUCCGUCAUGCUCAUACAAUGCAUUGAGGAUUUGUUAUCGCCACGAUUUCUAAGCAGUGAUCAUUGCGUUUUACGUGUGCUGGAGAUAACCUGUGAGCUUGUCUUUGGGUUCUGCA